AUGCCUAGAUUUUUUGAUCCAACUAAAAGUGAUCCUACAAUUAUUGCAAUAAAUUGGGUAGACUAAAUCUUAACAGAAAAAUUAACUACUUUAUCUCAUGAAGAUAUAGAAAAAUAUAUAAAAAGAUUUCAACAAGAAAAAUUAUUUGCUAAUUACAAAAAUAAAGAAAUUGUUAUAAGGUAUUAUUUUUAUAUUUGAAAUUAAAGCAAUAAUUGUUCAAGAGGAAAUAUUUUCUUAGAUUAUGAUAAUAUACAGAAUAAAUAUUUUCCUGUUUUUAAUAAUGGAAAUUAGAUAGUCAUUUGUUAAAAUAUGAUUUUAAAUAGUGUAUAAUUAUUAGAAAAUUUAAUCAGAGAAUUUGAAUUGUCACAAAAUUAGAUUUAAACACAAGGUUGUAAAUUUAUUUCUGCUUGUAGUAAAGCUUAUUAAAUUUAUAAAUUCCCUUUUGAAAAACAUAAAUAAUUAAGUGAUAUAUGUGCUAAAAUAUUAAUGAGAGUAAAUAAGAUAUAUAAUUAUUAUUAGCAUAGAGGAGAAAAUAAAGAAUUAUUACCAUUAGAUUAAUGGAUUAGAUAUAUAGAAAGAGAAAUUAAAUCUUAAUAAUGUUAUAAUGUUUGA